UUUAAUUUACACAUGAGUCCUUUUGUUCUAUUUUGCAUUUUUAUUUUAGGGCACUCGUUGAAGGUCUCUUAUAGCAAUUAGUGUUCCUGCUCUAAAUUUUCGUCAGACACUAGUUGUUUAGAGCAAACUAACUGCAUCUGGAGGACUGAAGGUUGCCAAACGAGAGAAUGCACUGAAUACUAUGAUAUGGACAAGUGUAAUAGGGUUGCAUCCUGCUCAUGGAAUGUAUCAAAAUGCGAGAAGUUCACUCAAUGUGCAAAUUUCUACAUGAACGAUUCUUAUGAUUGUUACAAAAUAGGUGAUCAAAAUUUAAAUCUUUUUUGUGAGCCUUCAGAUGAAGGGCACAUCUGUAAAGACUACAGAGUCCAACUAUGUGGAGAUGUUGAAGAAGAUUGUACAGGAUUUUAGAGUCAAUGGAGUUUAUGUUACUGGAAUAAUAACAGUUGUAAUGUGGUUGAUAUACGGUAUUGCGACAAAUUGUUCGAUGAAGAUUUGUGUAUAAUAUUUGGAGAGGGACUUGGAUGUCAAUGGAAGGACAACAAAUGUACCGUAAUAUCAUGUUCGGAUUACACUUCUGAGAGUACUUGUGUGUUACAAAGACAAAAUUUCAUUUAGGAUGAUCCCCUGCUCUGUAAAUGGAGUGAAAUAAAGUGCGAGGAAGCCCAAGAUGUUUCUCAUCUUGAUUUUUCCAAUUGUCUAGUCAACUCCUUCUAUAAUUAUAUUUGGGAUUCAAUCAAUAAACAAUGUGUCUCUUGUUUAAUCUAUGUUCCCCCAAGUAAAGAUCCAGUGUAGCCAUGAUGUGAAGCAAAAUACAAUUUUAUUUUUAGAUAG